UCUGAGGAGAGUCUAGACUAGCUAACGUUAGCUAGUUAGCCAGCCCUACGUAGAGUCAACACAUAUAGGAAUUUAGCAUUUAGCUAGAUAACAAUCACGUACCCAACGUUGUCAUUAAACAGCCGGGGGAAGGGUGCGUGGGGCUGAUUGGUGGACAGCAGGAAACUCCAAGGUUCCACUUCUGGGCGGUGACUACAUAGUUUCCUAGUGUGGAGAGGGACACCCUCACCGCUGUCCCAAGCAGGAGAGGCGGUCGAUGUGACCCACGGGGGAGCCUUGGGAUUUCGGCUCGCUGUGGGAUGAGAGCCACGUGUGAAUGAGCUCUGGUUCCGGUCACGUGCCAUGGGCUACGACGUCACCCGUUUCCAAGGGGAAGUGGACGAGGACCUGCUGUGUCCCAUCUGCAGUGGAGUGUUGGAAGAGCCUGUCCAGGCCCCUCACUGUGAGCAUGCCUUCUGCAACGCCUGCAUCACGCAGUGGUUCUCGCAGCAGCAGAUCUGCCCGGUGGACCGCACCGUGGUCACGCUGGCCCACCUGCGGCCCGUGCCCCGCAUCAUGCGCAACAUGCUCUCCAAGCUGCAGAUAACCUGCGACAACGCCGUCUUCGGCUGCAAGGCCGUGCUGCGCCUCGACCAGCUGCAGUCCCACCUCAAGGACUGCGAGCACAACCCCAAGAGGCCCGUCAUGUGCGGGGAGGGCUGCGGGCUGGAGAUGCCCAAAGACGAGCUGCCCAAUCACAACUGCAUCAAGCACCUGCGCAGCGUGGUGCAGCAGCAGCAGGCCAAGAUCGCAGAGCUGGAGAAGACUGCAGCCGAGCACAAGCACCAGCUGGCUGAGCAGAAACGGGACAUCCAGCUGCUGAAGGCGUACAUGAGGGCCAUCCGCAGCGCCAACCCCAACCUGCAGAACCUGGAGGAGACCAUCGAGUACAACGAGAUUCUGGAGUGGGUGAACUCCCUGCAGCCGGCUCGGGUGACGCGCUGGGGGGGCAUGAUCUCGACGCCGGAUGCCGUCCUGCAGGCGGUGAUCAAGCGCUCGCUGAUCGACAGCGGCUGCCCGCUGUCCAUCGUCAACGACCUGAUCGAGAACGCGCACGAGCGCAACUGGCCGCAGGGCCUGGCCACGCUGGAGACGCGGCAGAUGAACCGCCGCUACUACGAGAACUACGUGGCCAAGCGCAUCCCGGGCAAGCAGGCGGUGGUGGUGAUGGCCUGCGAGAACCAGCACAUGGGCGAGGACAUGAUCCUGGAGCCCGGGCUCGUCAUGAUCUUCGCGCACGGCGUGGAGGAGAUCCUAUAAUCCACAGAGAGAGAGAGAGAGAGAGAGAGGGGGAGACGGAGAGGCUGCAGGCUGAUGGCAGGGGGAGGGGGGGGGGAUCAAAAGUGUCUUACAUUUUUUCAUCCUUCGAUUUCACACUCCACCUCAUGCCCUUUGCUACGCACCCCCCUCCGAGGACCCGCUGGGUGUACGGAGAAAAAGAAAGAGGGCGGAAACUGCACUGAACAUUUAAACGCGCAUGGAGGGAGGGGAGGCCUCCCCCCUCUCUCCGCCUUUAAACCGAAUAUUUCCGAAACCAGACCGGGGUAAAAUUUCUGCACCUGAGACGCCCCGGAUAUCUAUGUCAGCUCAGUAACUGGGUGCAUGCGAGUGUAACGUCACACUCAGUAAAAAAAGACAUGGUGGCCAGCCUCCUCCCUCUACGCCCCUCUACAGCUACCAGCACACUACUCAGACCGGGCAUGAAACAAAUAAGUGCAUUUUCCUCAUCUCCUCCCACAAUUCCCCAGCACAUGCCCUUAAAACCUAGAAUGUAAAUAUAUAUAUAUAUAGAUAGAUAUAUAAAAUAUAAGAAUAUAUACAUAAUAUCAAAUGUUUGUGUGUAAUAUAAUCAGAAGGUAAGUAUCAUUUGCAGCUGCGUUUUUAUUUCGAUUUGCUGUGAAUUAUCAGUGUGACGCCUCAUCCCCUGGAUGUUCUGGGCUAAAGAAAGCUCAGGACCUUGUGACAAAGAACUGGCUGUUCCCAGCUGAACUUCGCUGUAACUCAAUAACGCCGAGGCUCCCGCUUUGCAUUUGGGAAACUGCAGCAGUAAAGCGAAGCGAAAAGAGGAAGGAGGAAUAAGUAUGAGGAAAUCGAUUUGUUAUCCAAUCCCUUUUGUUUUGGCUCCACGGCAGCGGGGACCUCGGUUGGCCUUUUUUUUUCUUGCCUGGGAGACCACCACGCCAUGAAACUGGCACGCCGCUGGCUCUUUGCAUAAGUACAAUUGCUCGGUACUGACCUCGUAACCAGAAUUCAGAUCGCUUCACGGCAGGGCACCUCAGUAAAAAUUCGCACCCGGCCGCGAUCAGCUGCAGAACAACGACGUGCAGCUUUGCGCUCGUUUGGCUGCUGUAUCUGCAGGGAUCUGCACGUGUACCGCACGGAGGAGGAAGCACCCCCGUGAUAAGCCCUGUGUUACAUGCACCUGGACACCAGCCCUCUCUUUCCUGCAGUUGUGAAGGAGUCCGGGGAGCUCCCCCUGAGAUUAAACCGCAGAGAGGGGAAGGCCCAGCCAGUCUCAGCCCCUAAAGCUUGCUCAAAAUGGAUGACAUCACCGGCUCCAGGUGGCUGGGUGGCCUGAGAUCAGUGCCAUUUCAUCUCCGGUGUACGGCCUGCCUGUCCGUCACAGUCGACCGCUCUGACCCUGGUACAGUGUUAAUGUACCGGUGCCCCGGUCACUCCCGCCACAUCUCUCAGAUGAAACCCGACUCCCCAAAUGAGGACGAAAAUUAAAUUUGAAAACGAGUCAAAAUCAAGUGAGCCUUUCACCCCAAGGAGAAACGUUAACUCGUGUCCACUCGCAGAUUAAGAAGGAAUUUUGAUGAUGAUGCCCUUUAGAAAAAUAAAAAAAAGGUGUUCAUGGACUGGAGCUAGACUGGUUGAUUUGUAAUGCAAGGGAAGGGAGGUUAGAGAUGAGAAGGACACAUGGACUCACUGCAGCAACGAUUAACGGACCACAAUGUUUCUACUAAAUGAAUUCUGUCUUUUUUUUCCAGAUGGUUUCGACCUGUGUGAAACGCCUUAAAUUUUGUUCAGCUUCUCGUUGCUUUUGUUUCUUGUGCUUGCUACAGUGCUUGAUAAUGGUGUUAAUAAUUUGUAUAUAGGUUUGCUUCCUGUGUGCAGCUGGUUCACCUUGAUAAGACAAGAUUAUUUUUUUCUCUAUAUAAUGUUUUUUUUUUUUUCUUGGUAAUUGUAUUGUGUAUAUAGUUAACGGAUAAGUGGGUCCAACUGUGUGCUAUUUGCUCCUGUCUUUCUCAUUCUCACCAAAGUGUGCUUUGGCAAACAUUGUUAAACAUUCACGUCUUUUUCCACUUUAUUGUCAAAUCGUUUUCAUAUCCCGUGUGAUGCGUAAACACACAGAAGCCCUGAUAGCCCAAGCUUCUAUUCCCUUCCGCUAGUAAUUAGUUUCAUCCUGCAGUUUAGAGUGGCUCAAGCUGCUCUCAGCUCGAAUCAUACAGGGAAAGAGCAUGUUUCUUAAAGUUACUGCUUAAGUUGUUCGUGGUUCAGCGUUACACUACAAAGGAUGUUCGCACAGUAGUGAUAUUGUUUCUGGUUGCUACAGACGCGCUUUGCUUAUUGUUUUAGCUGAGGAUACCGGUAGAUGUUUUUGAUAAAAUAAAAGCAAGAGGUCCAGGGAGGAACAAUGCUCGACAGUGCAGCCUCUGCCUUAUAAACCACUUACUUCCUGCUGUGUCUCUGCACAGGGUGCACACAUCAGCAUUUACGCUGGGUGCACCACUGCUGUAGCUCACUGCGGGCCUUACUGUCAAACUGCUGCACUGUCGGCUUCGCUGAGCGCGCUGCAGAGAAAUCAAAUCCAUUUAGGGGAAUGACAGAUCGGGAGGCAGGCAGAUUGAAGGUCUGGCGGGCAGUUAGGCCUGUCCUGCUCACAGAAACUGAUUUUGUUUUCUGUAGCCCGUGAUGCUAGAUGUAUUCGUUUCCACGCCACAUUGCCGGCCUGAGCACUUGCAUACGAUAAGGAAGGAGUGGCGCUGGGGAAACAGCACUUAGCCAUGUGGCAUAUGAGUGUGCCCGAUUCCCUGCCCUGGGGUAUUUCCUUUGCUUUCGGAUGCGCACGGCUCUCGUUUGAACCACAGCGACAGCAAGGCUGUGAAACAUCAGAGGUCCAAAUAAAUGUGAAGUGACACACAUGAAGGAUACCUACUACUCGCCCGUCCUCAGAUAUGAAAAAGAGGCGAGCCCCGGUGGCAUGUCUUUCUCUGCCUUGGAGAGACACACAUCCCAGACAGUCUUCAGUCAGGGGUGAAGGGAAGGAGCAGUCUGGCUUUGCUAUCUUGUGUCUUGGCUGUGAAAGAAUAGCCCAAAAAAAAAGGUAGUGUCUCUCACUGCUUGACUGACUGACUUACAGGGUUGGGCGGCUCCCUCAAUUUAAGGAUAGUUCUUUUUUUUACCAGUAGAUGGCGUAGAAGGCACUAAAGAUCCAUCAAAGCUGUGACCCAUAAGCAGUGCCUCUUGAUUUUUUUUUUUCGCGGAUUAUGACAGUUUUUGUUUUAGUCUUUUUUUCCGCACACUGCUGUGGUCUGCUGAGUGAAAGUAGAUAUAAAUGACGGUCACUACAGCUUUCCUUCUAUAUUAACCCUCACUCUUCAGCAUGACCAAAAUGAUCAGAGGGAAUUAUCUUCAAUUGCUUGUUUUUAAGUUUUUGGUGUGAAUACAAUGGAAAGCCUGAACAUAUACAUGGGAAAGCACUUCUGACCAACACUUUUAUUUGUAUAUUGUUCUCUAUUUUAAUGCUCAGAGUUUUGACAUGCUUUAUCUGGAUUUGUAUUUUUAAAAUGGUGUCAGCAGACACUCUCAACGUUUCUGCCAUGGGCCAGGGACAGACAUUCCCCAGUCUGCAGUUUCUGUUCAGGCUUGCUGAUUACUUUUUGGGCCUGGUGUACAUUGAAUCGGGAGAGCUGUCCUGUACAAUGGAGUUGUCUUUGUCUGAAAUGACUGUGCUUUGCUGUUAUGUUUAUUGUUAUGAUUUGCUCUUGCCAAGCUUAAUGGUGAGCGCAGCAUGGUGAAAUGCUGCUUUUCUGUUGUGUACUAAUGGAGCUGAAGCAUUCUUUAUUCCAGCGUUGAAAUUUUCCAAACGCCAGGGCCUUCAGCUUAGGCUUCCUCUGCAUUGUCUGGAGUUGAAAUCCUGCUCCCAAUCACAUGAGAUGAGUUAUAUUUUAAGAAAUCAGACCUAAUCAGGACACACAAUACUUUCAUCCUUCACUCGCUCCUAUUUGCAGCAGGUCACCGACUAAUGCAGUGUUGAGACAGGCAAAUCAUUUCUGUGGAGGUCACAGGGCUCUCAAGUGACAUGUUUGAAAUCUUAGAAUUAUCGGGGCACAGUUUAUGUAGUCUGUUCUGUCUGAAAUUCUGAAAUUCAAUGGAAUAAAGUUUGAAUGCAGACAUUUCUGAAAAGAAAAGGUCAUCCCUUGUACACUGUCACAUCUGCUCCACUUAAGGAAUUGAAAAAGGAAAUUGUUUACAUAAAGA